UGACAGUGUGUAGUUUCAAGAUGGCUGCGGAGACUCUCCCAUCUCAAUUUGAUGUUGUCAUUCUUGGAACAGGCCUCACCGAGUCUGUCAUUGCGGCGGCCUGCUCCAGAGUCGGACAGAACGUUUUGCAUUUGGACAGGAGGAACUAUUAUGCUGGAAACUGGGCAAGCUUCACAUUCAAUGCCCUGCUGUCAUGGAUCGAGGAAUAUAAGAAUCAGCAGGAGGUACAGAUCACAGAGUCGGAGCAAGUAUGGAGGAGCUUGAUUGAUGAGGGAGAGGAUGUGGUGCCUCUCAGCUCUGUGGAUUCCUCUAUUUCCAACUUAGAAGUUUUCUGUUAUGCCAGUGAGGAAGAAGAGAAAGAAGAGGAAACGAAGGCCCCGUUAACAAGCUGUCAGCCCGUGAAUGCUGAGACUGUAUCAGAAGAGACCACCGGGGACUCUACAGAGGCUCAAGACACAGUUACAGGUGAUGACACCACAGCAUCCGAUGCUAAGACGCAGAACGAGGAGCACAAAGUCUCUGAGCCUAAGGAGGAGCAGCAUACAUCUGACAUUUCAGAACCCAGCCAAUCACAGGAAGAGAAAGAUUCGCAGCCGAUCAGCAGCCCUGAAGAUCCACCUGUAGAUGUGGAAAAGAAGAUAACAUAUCAAAAGUUGGUAAAAGAGGGACGCAGAUUCAACAUCGACCUUGUCUCCAAGUUGAUGUAUUCACGUGGUGCACUGGUGGAUCUGCUCAUCAAAUCUAAUGUGAGCCGUUACGCAGAGUUCAAGAACAUCGGACGUAUCCUCACCUGCAGAAAUGGAAAAGUGGAACAGGUCCCGUGUUCACGGGCAGAUGUGUUUGCCAGUAAGCAGCUGACUGUGGUGGAGAAACGCAUGCUGAUGAAGUUUCUUACCUUCUGUCUGGACUUUGAGCAGCACCCAGAGGAGUACCAGGACUAUACCGAGAAACCAUUCAGAGAGUUCCUGAAGAACAAGAAGCUCACUGAGAACCUGCAAGACUUCGUCCUGCACUCCAUCGCUAUGGUGACGCAGCAGACCCUAACGGAGGAAGGACUAAAGGCCACGCAGCACUUCCUGCGAUGCUUGGGACGCUACGGCAACACUCCCUUCCUGUUCCCUCUGUACGGCCUGGGAGAAAUCCCACAAUGCUUUUGCAGAAUGUGUGCCGUAUUUGGAGGAAUUUAUUGUCUGCGACACUCAGUGCAGUGCCUGGUUGUGGACAAGGCGUCUAACAAAGUUAAAGCUGUGAUUGAUACACGUGGUCAGAAGAUCAGCUGCAGUCAUUUUGUGGUUGAAGAUUCGUACAUCAGAGAUGAACAAAGACAGAGCACAGCUUACAGGCAGAUAUCUCGAGCAGUGCUCAUCACAGACAGAUCUGUACUACCUUCAGAAUCUGAUCAGCAGAUCUCAUUGGUGACGAUUCCUCCUCUGGAACCUUCUGCACCAGCUGUGAGGAUGGUGGAGCUUUGUUCCUCCUCCAUGACCUGCAUGCCUGGCACCUAUUUGGUCCACUUGACCUGUUCAUCAUCUGGUACGGCCCAGGAAGAUCUUGCUCCAGUUGUAUCCGAGUUGUUUCACGUUUCCACCAUUCCUGGAGAGGAACCUUCAGAAGGUGCAGAGGAGAGAAGCAAGCCGGCAGUGCUGUGGGUCAUGUACUUCAACAUGAGGGACACAUCAGCCCUGGACAGCAGCAGCUACAGCCUGCCGAGCAACGUUCACGUGUGCACCGGUCCCGAUGGCAGCCUGGGCAGCGACUGCUCCAUUAAACUGGCUGAAUCCGUGUUUCAUCAUAUCCUCCCUGAUGAAGAGUUCUGUCCUCCUGCGCCCAACCCAGAGGACAUCAUCUACGACGGCGACGGUCCGCAGGCCGAAGGGCCCGGCUUUGAAGAGAGUGCUAAUACAGAAGCCGAUAAAAGCCAGGCAGAGGAAGAAGGUGCCGCCCAUGAGAAGAGUCCAUCGACUGAGAGCUCUGAUCCUGCAGAGAUGGACAGUGUUACCCAGCAGGCACCGUCAGACACGACCCCGUCCUCUGAAGAAUAACCCCUUUAGAGACGCUUGUUCAUUUCUCCACAAUCACUGAGUAUAUGGAAUCCAAAAUGCAUCAUGUUCAUCUCCAAGUGGGCAAAACCGAAGUUCUCAAUCCUGUUAUGUUCUUUUUUAUACAUUUUAUGUGCCUUUCUUUUACAGUUUCACACUCGAUGCCUGUUUUAUUUUGACCGGUUACUGUAAGAUGUUUAUGUAUUUACUUUUUAAAAACCAAAAUGCUCAGAAUGUAUUCACAAUUUUGCAUGGUUCAAGCAAGGUGCCUAUCAUAUAUUCUGGAGUUAUUCAGAUGACUGAGAUUAUAAUGAUUUUGGUCACAUGCAGGACAAAUACUCUUUAUUUUGGCAAGAGGCUGCUUCUUCUAACCUUGUAUUUCAGAUUGCUAUUUGAAUGCUGUCUGUCUUUUCAUGUCGCCUCACGUCUAUUUUGUGUCUUCACAUACAAAUGUACGCUAUAAUUGUUGCUGGCAUUAAAUAUUUAAUUGAA